GGAAGUGACGCAUAACCUGCGACGCCAGUGCCUGCCGCCCACUGCCGCGGGAGUCGGGUUUCGGUCACACCAGGCAGCGGACUUUCCUCCGAUGGUUGCAGCAGAGGGACCAUGACGGGGAAAAAGUCCUCCCGGGAGAAACGGCGCAAACGUAGCAGUCAGGAGGCGGCUGCGGCGCUCGCGGCCCCGGACAUCGUACCCGCCUUGGCCAGCGGCGGCAGUGGAAGCACUAGCGGCUGCGGGAGCGUCGGGGGCUGCGGGAGCGUCAGCUGCUGUGGGAACGCCAGCUUUAGUGGAAGUGUCACCGGCGGUGGGAGCGGCGGCAGCUGCUGGGGCGGGAGCAGCGUGGAGCGUAGUGAGCGCCGGAAGCGGAGGAGUACCGACUCUUCCAGCGUCUCGGGCUCCCUGCAGCAGGUGCGUGCGCGCCCCUCUGGCCGCUUCCCGGAGCUGCUGCUUUUUCGGAAGAAGUCGGGCUACCAGAGGGAUGGGGCGCCGGCUGGAGCUCACUGCUAGCGCGGCGAUCCCAAGGUCGUCCGUGCUUGAGGUUCAUGUUCCUACCUAAGUCCUGGAAACCAAAUAUAUUUUGCCAACUUUGGAAAAAGAAUUAUUCUUGGCAGAGCACAGUGACCUUGAAGAAGGUGGACUGGACCUGACUGUGUCAUUGAAACCAGUUAGUUUCUAUAUAUCAGACAAAAAAGAAAUGCUUCAGCAGUGCUUCUGUAUUAUAGGAGAGAAGAAGUUACAGAAGAUGCUUCCUGAUGUGUUAAAGAACUGUUCAAUAGAAGAAAUUAAAAAACUAUGCCAGGAACAGUUAGAGCUCCUGUCUGAAAAAAAAAUUUUGAAGAUUCUUGAGGGUGACAAUGGAAUGGAUUCUGAUAUGGAAGAGGAAGCAGAUGAUGGUUCUAAGAUGGGAUGUGAUUUAGUCAGUCAGCAAGACAUCUGUAUAGAUUCUGCUUCAUCCAUGAGAGAGAAUAAGCAACCUGAAGGUUUGGAAUUAAAACAAGGAAAAGGGGAAGAUAGUGAUGUACUCAGUAUAAAUGCAGAUGCUUAUGACAGCGACAUAGAAGGCCCAUGCAACGAAGAAGCAGCUGCUCCCGAGGCACCAGAAAAUACAGUCCAAAGUGAAGCUGGUCAGAUAGAUGACCUGGAGAAAGACAUUGAGAAAAGUGUGAAUGAGAUUCUAGGACUGGCAGAGUCUAGCCCAAACGAACCCAAAGCGGCCACUCUGGCUGUUCCUCCACCAGAAGAUGUUCAGCCUUCUGCACAGCAACUGGAGCUGCUAGAACUUGAGAUGAGGGCAAGAGCGAUUAAGGCCCUAAUGAAAGCUGGUGAUAUAAAAAAGCCAGCGUAGGUAUUUAACUUGAGUUUGAAUUUUAGGUAUGUUUGAACAAAGCCACAUCAUUUAAUUUUGUAUCUAAAAUUUAUUUGGGGUCUUAUAUGUUAUUUCUCAUGUAACCCUUAUUAGGUCAACUUAUUUUAGCCCUAAAAUACCUGUGGCUGUUUCUUUUUAUUUUUUAUUUUUUAUUUUUUUGACUACUUUUAUGUUAUAAAUGUGUGUUAGUGUCUUAUGAAUUCAUGGCAGUAUAGCUGGAUAGCCUGGAUACUUUGUUAGAUGAGUAUUUAGCUGUGUCUGCAAAUCUUAAAAGCAAAGAGUCAUGGUAGUUUUUUCUUUAUUUUUAAAUGUUUGGGCACCAAACCUAAAAGCAAAAGAUUGACCAAGCAUGUUUCUGUUAAGUCUACUUGUAUUUUACAAUAUAAUAUUAAAUUCUUGCUUUAAAUUUGUUAACAAUUUGAGAAAUUUAGUUUUGCUUAUAUGCACUUUUUAAAUAUACACUAUUUUGAAGAUUCCUUAUGUAGAUGCAAAUUUGCUAGUUAAAACUGAGUAACAGAGAUCUGAAAUGACUGAGAAAAACUUUUUUAUUAAAGGAAGGAAUUAAUUUAAGGCAGUGUUUAACAAUGUGGAACUAAUUGCCCAUGUUUAAUUAUAGCAGACAAGCCAUUCUAACAGGUAUUCGAUACCACUGGAUGCAUUAUUCUAGAUUUUUUUCUUUAAUGAAAAUGGAACAAGUUUUCAUUUACAUUCCAAGCUGUCAGGAAAUGGAGAAUAUUUUAUUAUCUAGGAUUUUAUCUGAUGUAGUUGCUUAAAGAUCUGAUGUGCUAUAAUUUCGUGAAUCAGAAAUAAUAAAAUGCUGUCAUUCUGGAUCUGAAGACUUUUGAUACUUUUUCAAAAGCAAAAUUGAUUUCAGGAACCUUUGAUAAGUUAUAAUUAAUCUAAUUUUGUAUAGUUUUUGUAAAUAAAUUACCAUCCUUCCACAAUUAUGGAUGCUUUUAUCCCCCCAUCACUAAUUGCAGUUGUUUGAUACCAAAAUAAAUUUACAUAGAGAUCCUUAACUUAAAAUAAAUUAAUUUUUUCAAAAAACAUAAAUCUCGAACUGUUGUUUCUAUAUUUGAUAACGAAUACAGCGUAUUUUAUUUAUCAGCCGUGGUCUACUGAUACUAUAUGAGGUUUUUCCUUAUAUAUAAAAGUUGCAGGGAUUGUAUUUUAUUAGCUGCUUUAAUUAUGUUAAUUUUAAAGGGUUUUUAAAUGGAAAUAGAGGACAUUUAUGAAACGUUGGAAUUGCAGUUACAAAUUCUUUUUGUUGUUGUUGUUGUUCCUGAACAUGCCUUGGAAUAAUUCUACCAUUUUUUCCCCUCCGUAAAUAUUUCUAAUAAAGCAUAGAAGAAGCCUAA